AUGCGCGGCCCGGAACUCUCGCUAGUCCUGCUGGCGCUGGUCCUCUGCCAGGCCCCCCGGGGGCCAGCGACGCCGGUGCCGGCGGGCGGAGGGACCGUCCUGGCCAAGAUGUACCCGCGCGGCAACCACUGGGCUGUGGGACACUUAAUGGGGAAAAAGAGCACAGGAGAGUUCCCAUAUGUUUAUGAGGGUGGGAGCCUGAAGCAGCAGCUAAGGGGAUACAUUCAAUGGGAAGAAGCCGCAAAGCAUUUGCUGGGUCUCAUAGAAGCAAAGAGGAACAGAAGCUGGCAGUCACCUCAUCUCCAUCCCUUGGGUGAGCGCCUGUCUACUUGGGAUUCAGAGGACAGCAGCAACUUUAAAGAUGUAGGUUCAAAAUGCAAGGUUGGUAGGCUCUCUGCUUCAGGUUCUCAAAGUGAAGGAAGGGACCCCCAGCUGAAUGGACAAUGA